UGUAAAUUUUGAUGGAUGCUAAUUUCAAUCCUGCAUGGUGUUUGAGAUUGUUCCCUUUAUUCUUCACAAAUGAAUGAGAAAAAAGCCGAAGACAUCGAGGGGCCCGUUAAACCACCAAAAGAUGACGAAGUUCCAUUCAUUAUGGCAGAAAAACCGGCUGGAAACGAAAAACGACACAAUGCUAUGAACGAAGGAGAGCAUAGCAGGUCGCUUGACGAACAAGUGAAACAUUUGGAGCGAAAGAUCCGCGCAUACAGCAAAGCUAAAGACAAAGUUAAUGAAGGAGAAGCUCUGAGUAGCUUAGGAAUACUCUAUUACAAGGCAAACAGAUUUGCUGAGGCUAAAAGCUGUCAUGAACGACAUCUUAACUUAGCAAAAGCUAUUCAAAACAAACGCGCCGAAAAGAGAGCAUAUUGUAAUCUGGGUUGCACUUAUCGAAGGAUUGGUGACUUGGAUAAAGCUGUUGAAUGUUACGAACAGGGUUUAAGACUUGUAAAGGAGCUGGAAGAUAGACUCGGUGAAGCAAAACUCUUGAAUAACCUUGGAAAUAUUUUUGAGCAGCGCUGUGACUUUGACCAAGCUGUGUAUUGUCAUCAAAAACGUCUGAGCGUCGCCAGAGAAUUAAAAGAUUUAGACGGCGAGAGCAAAGCUUGUGCGAGUUUGGGAAACAUAUAUCAUUUGCUGGGGAAUAUUCGAGAAAGCAUCAACUAUUACGAAAAGCUGGUGGCGUGUUUAAAGUACAAGCUAGCCAUGCAAGAAAAGAAAUCGAAAAGCGAGGAGGGCUCAGAAGACUGCUCUAUGCCGGGUAGCUCUUCAAAUAAAAUGGGAGAUGACUCCAAAAAGUCACGAGCGAGGAGAGGAAGCGAUCUUGAUGAACAAGGUAGUAAUAGCAGUAAAAGUAGUGGUGACAGGAGUGGGAACGGAAGUGGUAAGGGGUCUUCUAUUCACUGAAGAGGAGACAGCUCGAGCAGCAGAAUGAUCUAACUUUUCAAAUUGUGCUCACA